UCGAACCAACUAACCCAACAGCUUACUACUUUAAAACGAAGCUAAUGUUCACUAGUUUGGCCAGAGAACAAGAUUUCGUGCUUCGUAAGUUAAACUUAUGCAGGAACACGCUUAUAUAGACAAUGCAGCCACAUGGGGCACAUAUCGUGAGAAUGAAACCUCUAGGUGAGUUAUGGUGAAUACUGAAGUUUAAAGGUUGGCUCGAAGCCAUACUAUAUGUGGAUAAAAAAAAGGCGUUAGCGCGUGCGGUAGACACUCUCAAGUUAUUAAAAAUAGCAGAUGACGGUACUUCUGAAAAAAAAAUGUAUUUAAUCAGUCCAUUCCACCAAUACUCAUAUUUUGGGCUGAAAUUCGGAGGACAACAUUAAAACUUGUGUAAAUAAGCACAACGCGCAACCAGCGUUGGAACGGAAAAUAUGUAGCGCUAAAUAUAGCAAAUGGAAAGUAUGGGUUAGAAAGAAAACCGCGGAUGUUGCUGAUUUCCUAACUAAGGUAUAAUAAAAAAUAAGUGAUGUUUGCCAAGUCAUGUAAGGGGUAGAGCAGGUAGCCGUCAAUCUAUUUGAUUAAUUGAUUGACUUAUUUGCAUAGUUAGAGUAACAAAUUGGGGCGUAGUGAAGUGAAAUGCAGCAUAAUACUGCAGAUAAUUAGCUGGUGUGACGAAAUUAUAAAAUAUGCAGGCACAGGAUAGUUUCAGCUGACGCAAGACAGGUAUAAUUGAAAAUCGCUGACCUGAAGAGGCCUUCGCCCUGCAGACAUAAGUUGGCUGAUGAUGAAAAAAGAAAAAGAAACAUGCCCAGCACCGUGUGUCUCCAGUAGUGCGCCUGUACUUGCACUAUACGUUUAUUUAUUUCAUUUUAUUUUACUCAAUCAGGAUUGUUACACGUCGUGUAUUGUCAGAGAGCUUAAUUCCAUCUCAUCAGUCUGGUUACAUAAAUAGACAGAGUCGACUUAUUCGAUAAAUAAUAAUAUGCAACUAUCUCAUUAUAUUCUGCUAGUUUCUUUCUAAUGAAUUGGUUUACGGUACACAUUGUUAUUCCGAAAUAUAAGCUAGCCAGUGCUCAAGGAACGUCCAUUUACUAAUCGCGACACUAAAUCAGCUACAGCAUGCCCACCUCUAAAUUCUGAGUCUCAAUACACGGGCAUUCCGCUUAUUGUUUUCCAGAAAAGCGUACCGUUGCUCUGUGGCGACAAAUCUACCUGGCACGUCGUUGCAUUUUCGUAACACUUUUUUUGGACGGACACAUCGCGUUACCCAGUGACUUCAAAAAAUGCGUUGGUGUUAAUGAUAGCAUAAUAAUAAUGCGGUGGUAUAUCAAAGCAGGUCUUUUUCAGCCACGAAAAAUCUUUUGGCAACGGAACUGUUCCCAUAAUGCUUGCGUUGUGCCCUCCCUUCAUCAUCAUGAAAAGAAAAAUAGUGAAUCAGGUGAUGAAAGUACAUUUGUUUCCACUGCCAUCUAGCGAUUCUGGAAGCACGAGGUCGCGCGCUCCAAUACCGGCCAAGGCGGCCACAUUUCGAUGAGGGCGAAAUGCGAAAACACACGUGCACUUAGAUUCAGGGGCACGAAUAAUUUCGCUGGUGGUCGAAAUUAUUCUGUUCUACGGUAUGCCUCAUCAUCAAAUCGUGGUUUUGGCACGUAAGACCCCAUAAUUUAAUUUAAUUUAGCGAUUCUGGAAGGCAUGUCUUCUUUUUCUUUUUUUUUCCGCAUAAGCUUUUCCAUUAAUUUCCUUUAGCACAGGAAUGCACGAUAACACCCACUGCCAUAGCGUUUCAACUGUUCUUUGUCUUUUCCUUAAGUUAAACAAAAAAAUUUAAUGCUACUUCCUUGUUUUAUUUUUCUUAAUCUAGAACGUCAGAGGAAGGUACGCGACGCGUUUAAGAAGAGAAUUUAUACCUCUGAACCAACUCUGAUAUACCUAUCAUCAAACACGUGUGGAACGCAGAAAUUCUCUCAGUACAUCGGCAACCGCUGAACUGAUUUUGAUUGGUGGGCAAGAUUUCUGCCUAAAGCCUCAAGGUCUUACGGCAAUUAUCGAAUAUCGAUGCGCUUCGAAAAUAAAAUGAAGAUGUGAGAAGCACAAAUUUUACAGAACAGUAACUCUGCACCAGAAACAGACUUCGCAGUUCUUUAUACUGCAACCAUUGGAGCAUCUGAUGCGGACAAUCUUGAUGACCGAGUCAACAGCUUACGUGAACUCGUUACGAUAUUUACGGAAGUUUUGCAAAAGCCCUACUCCCAAAUUAGCGAUAUACUUUAGAGCAGCGAGUAAUACGUCAAUUUUAACCGCCUUAGAUGUCUCACUAGGUGCAGUUGGUAGAAUUGCGGUAUCCUUUUUUUUUUUUAACUGAGUUAGAUUUGUGAACUUCAUGCUGCCAUUUCAUUGUAAUUUGCAGUUUUUAACAACUUUUAUCAAACCAUAGACGCUCAAGAUGAAAAAUGUGCUUCCUUUAGUCAAAUCUCACCAGAUUAGCUUUAUCUCCGUUUUCAUGUAUUAUAGGUAGGUGCUCCUCAGAUAAAGCUUCCUUUUAAUUUAUAGCUUUUCUUUCCUUCUUUUUUUUUCUUUCUUUCUUUAAUUUCUUCGCUUUUCUUUCUUUUUUUUUUUACUGACAGCUAUAGUGGAGGUGUGACACACAGUCUUCAAGGAAACUUAGUCACUGAUUGUUCUAUCUUCAGUGAAAGGCUGCAGUGUUUAAUAUAUAUAUACUUAAAAGGAAACGAAAUUUUGAGCCCCUAUUUCAUAAGUCACUAUAGCAGUAUCCUCAUGAAAUGGGCUUGCAUGCUUACAUUUAGUCUCAUACCGACGUUAUGCCGCAUGGAUACCCAAAUUAAGCGAAAAAAAACAAACAGGCUAACUCAGUUCACGCCAGUCAUAAGCCAUAAGACUCAACUGUUUUGGGGCCGAAAAAAUUUGACACAAAACCAUAUUCACGCCACAUGCAUCCUUUUAGAAUCAUCUAAAAGGCAUCAUGACACAGAGUGUGAGAUAGCGAUUUGGCUAAACUCUCUUCAACGGGUUUCGCUGUGACAUCGUGAACCCUGCAGCAAUAAACCCCUCCGUUGUGUGCUAACCUCUCGGGCGCAGACUUAUAUCUGUCUCCUCAUCGCUCUGUCGACAAGAGACUAGCCGGGAAAAUUCGAACCUCCCGCUCGCAAUGCUCACGUCUACGUUCGCUCUCUACCGGCGCCUGCAAAAAACGCUACGUUUGCAUACGCCUUGGAAGCUCGGGUUUUGACACGGGCUUUUGAGAUGGCGCUACCGGUCCAAAGGAAACGCUCACGCCCAAAGCGCGGGCGCGUCGCGCACCGCUGGGCUGGCUGGGCGUCGGAGCGGCAGGGCGCAUGCGCUGCGUCCCUCAAAUGCUGUUUCUUGCCUCUCCCAGCUCCCGGUCUGUUUUCCUUCGUCAAUCUCUCCCACGUUCUCAACGCACCUCUCCUUUCCUCCUUGCCGGCAUCUGUGUUUUACUCUUUCUUUCUUGACGUGCGUGGAUUUGCUUGGAGGCUGACUGUGACUUUAUAUGCCUGUCGUCAGCGCCUCGACAGCGUACAGCAGCCCUCCCUACCUGUGGACUUCACACGCUGUCCGGUCAUUUAUUUGCGUCACGGCUCCAAGCUGGCUCUCUCAAAUGAGUCUGAAGAAAAGGUACGGCGUACAGCAGCAACAUCAUCGGAUAAGGAAUCUCUCGACGAGUCGCAGCUGCUGCCGCAGGAGUUUGUGGUGUCCUUCCAGAAUGGGGGUAGCCCUGUGGUUGACAUCGAGAAUGGUGCAGCACGAUCGAGUGAUGUGUUCCGGCAGUCCCGGUGUAAUGCUGUCUACCUUGACUGGAAGAACAUCACAUACACGGUGCCUGUCAAGAAGAAAGAAAAAAAGGCCCUCAUCAGCCGCAUGUAUGGCAGGGCAGAACCAGGCACAUUGACGGCCAUCAUGGGCCCCUCAGGUGCUGGCAAGACUACACUGAUGAAUGUCCUCUCUGGUCACUAUGACAAGGGCUACCAAGGGGAAGUCCAAGUCAAUGGCUGGGUGCGGGACACAGAGCUCUUCAACCAGCAAAGCUGCUAUGUCAUGCAGGAUGACUGCCUGCUCCCCGAACUUACAGUGCGCGAGGCACUCACCGUGGGUGUCCAGCUGCGUAUGCCGUCCCUCAACCGCUCCAAGCGUGAGCAGCUGGUGGACGAAGCAGUGACGCGAUGGGGUCUGGACAUAUGUCAGCACACACGUACCAGCUGCCUCUCAGGUGGUCAGCGCAAGCGGCUAGCGAUCUCCCAGGAGCUAAUCAGCAACCCCCCAGUCAUCUUCCUUGAUGAGCCUACCAGUGGCCUGGACAGUACUUCUGCGCUCCGCUGUGUGAAGGUGAUGAAGACAUUGGCUGCAGCUGGCCACACAGUGCUCUGCUCCAUACACAAUCCGAGUGCAAAACUCUUCUCACACUUUGAUAGGCUCUACAUGAUUUCGGAAGGAAUGUGCAUCUACAAUGGGCCAGUGGACAAGCUGCUUAACUUUCUGUCCACGCAGAACCUGCACUGUCCCAUUUACCACAACCCAGCAGAUUUCAUCACUGAAAUUGCAUCUGGUGAGUAUGGCAACCUAAACAAGCAGUUGGCAAAAUCAUUCACACCAGACUAUUCAGAGGAGGUCAAUGAAAAGAAGCUGGACCAUCCUGUACUCACAGAGUAUGGAGGCAAGAUCAUGAACAAGAAGGAAAAAGCUGAAGAGAUGGAGUUGCACCGGAUGCACGUCAACUACUUCCACCAGUUUGUCGUGCUUGUCAAGCGAUGCUUCUUGUGUGUGAUCAGAAACAAGGUUGCCACGCUGCUGCGCCUGGUGGCAUACAUUUUCAUAGCGGGCAUGCUGACAGUGCUGUUCUAUGAUGUGGGCAACAGUGCCACCCGUGUAAUCAGCAACUCCGCCCUUUUCCUGCUCUGCCUCACCAUGGCCCUGUUCCAGUCGGCCAUGCCAACCGUCCUCAUCUUUCCAACUGAGUUAAGUGUGCUGCUCAGAGAGCACAGAAACUGUUGGUACAGCCCAUUCAUGUACUACAUAGCCAGGAUAAUUACCGAGCUUCCUUUUACGAUCUUUGGCCCGCUUGCCAUGAUGUCCUUGCUGUACUGGACGACAGGACAGCCACAAGAGAUGUGGCGUGCUGCAACUGUGGUCAUGUUUGUCAUCCAAGUGGGCUCUGUGUCCCAGGGGCUGGCUCUUGUGGUCUCGGCACUGAGCAGCAUACAGACGGCUGUGUUCCUGGUGAUGCCUGUGGCGUCACCAUCGUUCCUUUUCUCUGGCUUCUUCGUGCAAGCACGGCAUAUUCCAGUGGCCUUCCGCUGGAUUAUGGAGACUUCACACUUAUACCAUGGCAUGCAGGGGCUUUUAGAGGCCCUGUAUGGCCGUGGACGUCCCGAGCUCGACUGUGAGGAAGAUGAGCUCUGCUUCCUCAGUGACCCUGAGGAGGUCCUCAGGCACCUGGACGUCAAUAAUGUCGACAUCUCUCACAAGUUCCUCAUCCUCAUCGCCAUGGACCUCUUCUAUCGGCUUGCCGCAUUCCUCAUACUCAAGUGGUGGCGCCUGCGGAGGAAGCGCUAGUAGUCGGACUGAGGUGACUCAUUGUAUGCUCAUUGUCCAUCAGCUUAUCUGUUAAGCACAAUCUCUUAAUCUGUUCAACAGUGCUGAGCACCGGAAGACUAGGCUGUUUUAAUGUCAGCUCGUUAGGUCUCAUGCUUCGCAGUGGCUACCUCUGUCUGCCUCUACAUUUUAACAGAAGCUUACCGAAUGUAACACAUGGCAGAUAUUUGGCCGCACCUUUGGGCCACCUACUCUAGGGGGACUGCAUUCAGGAAUGAUCACUUUUGGUGGUACCUUCUCUACACUCCUUUCACGGCAAUACUUUGCAGUGUCACGCUCAUGAGGGUUUUACUAGAGCUUCAAUGGCACAGGCUUAACAAACCUUUUUUCUUCAUUAGGCCGACGACGUACAGUAUCGCUCAAAAUGUGUCAUGUACUAUUCUGCAGCUAUCUUAAAUAUUGUCCAUCAUUCUUCAUUUACAGUGUUGCAUGAUUAUGACAAACUUUUCACAAAUGUUUGUAUGAUGAUGUGUCGAUGGGCAGAAUAUUGCUCUCACCUUUGGUGGGUUGCAUCUUCUACCAUAUUGAAGGCAGUGAAAGCAAAAUGAAAGCCUACAUUUUCUGCUGAUUGGGAACAAUUUUGGCCCUUCAUAACACAGAGGCACAAAACACACACACAGAUAAAAAAAAAACUGCGUGGAAAAUGUUUGGAGCCAGUGCUCUGCCACGCCAAAGACAUUUCCUUUCCUUUCUCUUCCCCCCCCCCUCCAGCAAUACUACCACUUUCACAUGACAUGCCAACACUCAUCAGGCCUCCUCAGUCUUAAAGAAAGCAUUUUUCGUAAUGUGAGGUGUCUGUUGCCAGCCCUGUUGUUUCAGUGCAGUUUCCGAUGACGUGGGAGGAGACUAACUUUAGCAUGAAGUGUGUCUUGACGUGCACCAAUGUACAGUUCCUAGAACUUCUGACUUAGCCUCUCGGCAUACUCUGCAAAAGUUUCAUCCCCAGAAGUGAUCAUUCCCAUGUAACGCCACUCCUUUACCUCGACACGUUUUUGUGUCAAAGGCGGCGCAUCUCUGAAUGCGCAGAACUUGCUGCUAUUCUACCAGGUUUCACUUUGUUCCUUUAGCGCUGUGCUCAGAUUCACCUUUCGCCUGAUGGCGCUUUUUUUCAUUCGUGAGACGCGAGAUGCAGUGCUUUGAAUGUGAAGUGCCUUGGUGUGUGGUUCUUCUGUCAUUGGUUGUGUUGAAUGGACUCCGCUCUUCCAUGCGCUGCACUUUGAUUGUCUUGUGAAGCACCUGCAAAGAAAGCACUGGGACACUUUGAGCUGUGCCCUGAACUGUACCUGCUAUGUACCUGCGUUUCCCCACCGCUGUUCUGGCUGGCUGUUUCCCCAGUUCCAACAUGUGCUUGUUAUAUAAAACACGUACUCAGCUACUUCUCGGUCUUCAGUUCCAGUGCAGUAUCUUAUUGUUGCGCACUUCUAGCAAAAGUUGGGCUUGAUCCUCUUAUCCCUCUUGAAGCAUUCUGUAUGUGUUCCAAUACUUUGAGGCGUUGUUCUUUUAGAAAUGUUGGUGUGUCGAGGUGGGUAUCCACAUGACUUCUUCGUGAAUGAUACAGAAAACUUAGAAACUGCCUACAGUUUUUCAAGGACAUUCUCUUUUGCAGCGCAAUAGGAACAAUAGGAAUAGCAAUUCAAGGUGUCUAGAUGUGCUGUGAUUUGUAUAGAAAGCAUGCUGAAAAUUUUAGCACAAUUUUUUGAUCUGCGGAGUCUCCUCUUAAAACUGUGUAUGGAUGUCGAUGACACCGAUUACUGGACGCAGUGGCAAUCUCGGGGGCCAUGUGUCAAUGCACCACUCCUUUCUUCGGGGCUCUGUUCGUUUGCCAUAAGGCAGAGCCACUCUUUUACAUGCACUAGCUGGAACCGAAAUAAAUUACUUUCUCACGUAAGAAAAGGUUAGCACAAGAGCAUGAAAUACAAUUUCAGGUGAUGCAUUAUUGUUUACAAGCAAUAUAACUCUCCCUAUGUGGCUUUUGGUUACGUCACAGUACGCAGAUUGGUUGCACUGUUUCACCAUCAAGCGAUGCCCCACGCCACUUUUACACCACUUUCAGAGCCAAAUUAAAAGUAUAAUUUCUUAUUUAUGCAUGGGAUACAAGCUUGCUUGUUUCCGUGAAUACGGCACACAAUCUUCUCAUUCCCACCACAAUGCAAAGACAUGUUCCGAGCAGUAGACAGUCUCUGUAAGAAAUUACAAGAAUGCAGGUAGCUUUUCAGUAGGGCUCCAGGAAAAAGGCUGUUCUUUAGUUACCCACCCUCUUUUUAUUGCGAAGCAAUACUACUUUAGGUCGCACUUCAGCCCGUUCCGUGGCGAGGCGGUGGUAGGCACCAUUGACCUUUAGCGUGACCUCGCUGCGUGACAUCACACCACGUGACCUAGAGUGACGUCACACCAGCUGUGUAAAAACGGGGCCCCAUCUCACGCCGUCGCGAGGCGAGGCGGUAGCCACCAACGGCGGCCUAACUCCCGCUCCUCUCACCAGGGGCGCUACGGUCGGUGUGACGUCACACCAGCUGUGUAAAAACGGAGCCCCAUCUCACGCCGUCGCGAGGCGAGGCGGUAGCCACCAACGGCGGCCUAACUCCCGCUCCUCUCACCAGGGGCGCUACUAUUGCUUCGCAAUCACCAGGCUUAACCAAGCUAAGCCACGGCCGCUUUUUUCUUUUCGUCUGUCUGUUUAACUGUCUCCAAUUAAGUAGGAUAGUUUCACAGCAUAUAUAUAAACACUGCACCACUCUGGUAAUCGUUUCAUGUUUCAACUGCUCAAGGGCAAGGUAAAAUAGUACUUUACAGUAGAAUUUUGGUACACAGAAAUCACUUAAACGGAACUGCCUCUUAAACUGAAGACCAUCCUCACGGUUGAUUGGUUUUGUAUUCAUGCAAUUGUAUUCAGCUUUGUCUCUCAGUAAAUAGAACUCCUGAUAAAGGCAACCAAUUUCCCUGGUCCCUUGAGUCCACCGUAAUUGUUUUGUACUUAAAGCUCUGAUGAAGCCGGUUUCUUGGUUGUCUGGCUGUUCUUAGUGCUAAGUAAGAUGCAGUAUUUCAUGCUACAGUUAGGUCACCAUGACAUCUCUUGUACUGUCCUUUCAUAUGCUCCCAGCUAGCUAGAGAGCAAAUUGGAAAGAUAAGUCUUUGUACAUUUCAGCUUUGCUGGCUGAAGAUGCUAACUGAAGAGCCUUAAGUGGCAUGCAGUUCUCUCUAACUCAAGAACCAUACAUCAUUAGUAUAUGAGCACUUAGAGUUGCUCAGUUAUUCUGAUAGAAUAUUGCCCCCUUCAUGUGGGCAUAUCUUGGCUACUUUGAAGCAGAGGAGAAAUCGGCUUUCGAGGGAGCUUUAGUUCAAAAGUUUGUCAAUGUUGCAGCCUCGACUGAAGAAUCUUUUAACAGAACUGUUGGAAUCCUUUUAUCAGCUUCAAACUGCUUGAAAAAUAAUUUAAAGAAACCUUGACUUGUGAGCCUUACAUUUUGAAUUUUCUACCAUAUUUAACAUGUUGGUUCAAUUUAUUAACACAAACUUGUAAAGCUGAAGCCAGAGAUGUACAGAGCUCAAUGAACACUCAUUACUGUGAGCAGGUGUCCAUCACUCCAUUUAAUGCACUGUUUCGGUGGUCUUGGCAGCAUUUUGCUUGAAGCAAGAAUUGGGGGUGCGUGGUUGUGGGGUUAGUGAUCAUCUUGCAUGCUUGUAUGCGCAAAGCGUAAGUGUGCGCAAACUACACCCACUUAACAAAACAAUGUCACUCCAAACUCAAAAUGCUUAGCACUCAAAUUAUUGUGCUUCAUUCAAUGAGGAUCGUUCACUGUGAGGAACAGCCGAAGUUGUUCGUGUGAUGUAUUCUUUGUGGACUAGACACAUACAACUCACAAAAUUUAUGAAAAUGAGACCCUUGAAACUAGGCCACUUCAAGUUACAGAAACUGACAUUAAGUACAGUAGCAGUUGUGACCAAAAUGUACACAGCUGCAUUGACUAUGUCUAAUUGUUUAAAACAUGAUUGAUACAACUUUGAAAUCAUACGGAUAAUUGUUUCAUUCACAUAUUUUAACAGGUGAAGGCUAAGGUCUCUAAUUGUGGGAAAGGGUUUCUGACUUCAGUUUCUCAGGACCAGAUAUGUCUGUUGAAAUUCCUAAAACCAGCCUGACCUCCCUUGGCUAAAAUUGCCUUUUAACAAGGCAUCAUUUCACCAGUACAUGCAAUAGCACACAUGCUAAUUUAAGGUAAGGGAGCAUUAGGUUAGGACUCUGAAAUUGCCCUUUAUUACAGAAAUAUACUUUAGUAGGACGUUCUUGCUGUCUAGUUGAUUCAUACUUGAAGGAAGGUUAAAACUGCUCAAGAAGACGAGGACAAGCGGUAAGAACACUACACUCGGGAUGUUUUAUGUGUUUCUUCUGCUUGUCCUCGUUUACCUUUUUUUUUUUUGCACAGGCUUAACUUUCCUUCAAGAUAGAAAUAUGUAAGCCUACAAGAAAUGUAUGGCGUGGAGAUUGUUUUUCUGUGGCCAUGGAGUAAAAGCAUGAAGUGUGGGGUGCUGUUGUAAUUCAGCUUUCAAAGUGACCGGUUUGAGGCACUCAUUCUGACAGCACCCAACCAUUUGGAGACAGAUGCGGUAUCGCACAAGAGAAAAGUGUCAGCAUAAAGACAGGACUUGGGAAGAAUGGCAACGUGCCGCGCUGGAUAGCAGCCAUUUGCUUUACAUUGUAACUCUCUUCUGGAUGAACAUUGGAGACCUUAAACAUCUUUUGAACUUAACAGAAGCACACUUAAUUUACGGGAGACGAAAUAGACAAACCCAGCAUCACCCAGACAAUCGGACAUUUCAGCUUAUGGAGAGUUUGUCUUAUGUUGUUAGUAUAUCUUAUGUUUCCUGAACGUGCACACUCGAACAGAUUCUGCAUUCACCUACUUGGGUUCUGAGUAGGUGAACACAGCAGGUGGAUCAGCAAAGGCAAGCCUCAGCACAAUGAACAUUGAUAUAACAAUUUAUUGAGAAUACUGAAAUAUAUAUAAAGAUCUUGCUGGCCACAUUCCACAUCAGCAAGUGUUUUAUCACUGCAACUUAAUUGAAAACAAAGGGCUCAACACAGUACUGGUUUCAACAAAGCACAUUAUGCUUCUAGAUAGUAAUCCCUGUGUAAGCUGGCUGCAUGAAGGCUAAAUAUAUAUUUGCAAAAGUGACUCAUAACUGUAGUAUUUCACACAGUUCAGUCACCUGACAUGCAACAAAGUGCAUGUCUGUUGGUGCUUGGGCCUUGCACGAACAGCAAACAGAGCUUAUCUCUAGAAAAGGGGUGACCCUUUAUUGUAUAAUCGCAGCUACCUGCAGCACUGUAGGCAGAAAAAACUGCCAGAGCCGAAUUUUGCAUGUGCUUUUAUAAUUAAUAGUGGGCAUAAUGAACAAAACUUUUUGCCAAUUUGUCGACCCAGAGGGAGGGCAACCCAACUUAAAACCCUGGACAUCAAGAUUAGACCAGUUCACCUGCCAAUAAAUCAAAACGUCAAUUUUCUUUAUACAAAAAAUGACGACAGACAAACCCCGAUAGAAUGAAUUAUUCUUUAAUCGUACAUGUGAUGCUCACUGACCAAUACUCAUGUAACUUAACUCCCUCAUAACAAAGUGGACAUUGGAUAUAUAACACUCGGGGCUUUUGCUGCCGAGUGAAGAGCCGCCUCGCCUGAAAAUUUCUGAAGGAUGUCUUUCGCAUUGGAUGCACUGCUCCAGUACUCUGCAGACAUUGAGAGAAAUGGACUGGAGCGGGUCUUCAUAAUCUUGUGCGUUGAGAAUGCCACUCUUAAUCAUGCUGAGGAUCACUUUAAGGCAGAGUGAGUGAGUGAAUGAAGUUUACUUGAGAGACCAAGCUCUUGGUGCCAAAAGGUGGGUGGCUACCCUAUUCCAGAUAGCUGUGACUCUGUGCUGACAGGCUAGCGCUGUUUGUCAGCCAUACCUGGUCCUCAGGACUUGGGCUUGUCACCGGCCCUGCGACUGGUCUUCUGCUGCUGUUUGGAUGGGCGUUGUCUGUGGGCUCUUGUUGCAUUCCCAGAUAAUCUUGGUAGAGGGUGCGUGGUGUUAUUGAACAAUCUGCAGUCUCUUGUAUAUUUUGAGGGACACAUCUGUACAAUAGAAUUCCAUGGAGGUAAUUCACAGAAAAUAAAAUUACAGCAUGCUGCGCAUUGUUUUGUUUUGAGUAAAUUUAUUUCUUCCUGGCUUCUUUCUACUCGAGUUAAUGAAUCCACAUAGUGAAUGCACCACAAGAGUUGAAAAGUUGAACGAGGUUCAACUGCACAUACAACCUGUAUUUAUGUUCUGGCUCUCAGUUGACGCAGGCUAUCCACCAUGUUCAAUUUCUCACUCUGUUUCCCUUAAUUUCUUAGCAAGACAUGAUACCAGCCAGCUGAGCAUGGCACCUUGUAAAGGCAGCAGCUUCGUGGUUUCUCUUCAGUACAAACUAGUGUCUUGUCAUGUUAUUUAUCAUUUGACUGAAUCACUAAAGAAGAAAGUGCGCAACUAACUAUUUAUACACUCGGUUUCUGUUAACAUUUAUUCCUCAUAGGCACAAAUCUUUGCAAGUAUGGUUUCAUAGCAUUAAAUCGGUAGGUAAAAAAAAUGCAGCAACGGUUAAAUUUAUCAUUCUUUAAAUGUUAUGCCCAGGCUAGUAAAUUUAGAACAGAUAACCUAUGGCUGCACCUGCCACAAUGAUUCUGCACAAAUCACAUGAGUAUGCUACAAGCACCUCCCAAGGAUGUUUUUCACCAAGUUUGUAAAGGCAUGUUUGCUUCCUUGAGGCAUCAGUGAAGCUCUACUUGCUUUCACAAGUACAGGUUAUACUUCUAUUGCACUGACCAACUUAGCAAUGUGUUAGGCCUACUAACUGAAGUGCAGUUAGUGAUCACUCUGUCAAAUUCAGUUUCGUAUAAAUUACCUCAAUCUAUUAAUCCUGACAACCACGAAUACUAACCUUCUCAGCUACAUAUUUAACGCUGUCACUAAUAAGGGCAUCUGUACGACACUAUGAUUGUUUUCUUCUGCUGGGAAUGAUAAAUAUUAUGGAUAAAGAAUAGUUUAUCAAGUAUGAGAUAACGGCUCUAGGUACUCGCCUCUUUACUUUUCAUGCGGCUGCAGAUAGGUAACAAUUUGAUAAGUUAUAUAAUUAAUAAGUUUCUUUUCUUUAUACUUUCCUCUUUUUGAUGUACAGUGCAUUCCACUGUUGAAGGGAGCACAGAUAUGCAAGGCUAACACUAUGUGGCUGUUUAAGCUGCAUGUGCAAGUGAAAGUAAUGUCGAUGCUCUCUGCAGCUGCAUACAGAGUGAUGAGUGCCACCUACUGCAAUUUUUCUGUAGCACAGCUAAGCGCUUGCAGACUUUUCAGACAGAAAUAUGUGCCCAUGCAUCGCUCCUACCCAUUUCAUUUUACACUGGGCCACACUGUACGUAAUGUUGCUGCAUCUCAUUGACCAUUACACUGCAAAUGUCUUUGGUAGUUUGCAUUUGCUUUCUUGAGCAAAAUUUGUAUAGAAGUGUGACUGUGUUUCUGCUUUUCAUAAACAUGGUGAAACUACGAUAGAAGCCAACAAACAGACCCUAAGGACAACAUAGGGGAAAUUACUUUGUACUUAAUUGAAUUAAAGAAAUUAUAAAUUAAUGGCAAUGAAAGUGGAUGAAAAAAACAACUCGCUGCAGGUGGGGAACGAUCCCACGUCUUCGCAUUACACGUGCAAUCCCACGUCUUCACAUUACACGUGGGAUUGCACGCGUAAUUGCACCCCUCGGUUUACCCCCUUUCUUCUCAUUCAUGAUGAUAUGUGGUGUUUUGUGGUGUGGCAUCUUUGUUUGUUGGCUUCUCAUGAUAUGAUUAAUAAAAAAUCGGACCCCUCGGUUUUCCCCCUUUCUUCUCAUUCAUGAUGAUAUGUGGUGUUUUGUGGUGCAAGGGCCAACGUGGGGAAACUACGAAAUCUUUGUUAUUUCAUAUGAUGUUGCCCAAUAGCUUGAGCUGUAGUGUUCUUAUCUGCAGUUUGUAAUCAUGAGCAUGCCAGCUGUAUAUCAGUUACUGUGUGAUCACUUGAGGUGUUGACUUGAGUGUCAGUAGUAUUUGGUUCCGAAUGUCAAUUUGUGGAGUUUUGCAACCAUUACUGACUUCACAAUGUGCAAGUCCUUUCAAUUAUCAGAGCUAGUGUCCCAUACCGUCACAGCAGGAGUUCACAGCUGUGCAAUCUCAGCUCUUGCAAGUUGGCGCUUUUGAUUUGGUGUUAGACUCUUGGUACUCUUACAUGUGUCUGUGAGCACGUUUGCCUAAUAUAGUCUGCUAAGCUUGCUUUAUUGCAUGCUUUUUUGGGCAAAUGUCUUACUUUGUGUUGUGCUUUGCUCUAUCUCUUUUCAAUUUUUGUACGUUAGUUACCCUCUAUAUGUUCCUAGUUUACAAUCAGCACAAAAUUCAAAUGUUAGCAAGUCAGAAAUGACUGCAGUGCAUUGUCUGUUUCCGAGUAUGCCUGCAUUUGUAACAGUGGCCUAAUUCAGACUUCGAAACGUACACUUGAGACUACUAUAAUACAUACUUAGAAACCAGCAACAGAGUGAUUACACAUCAAAGUUCCAUGUAAUUAUGCACAGCAUGCAUUCUAAUAAGUUAUUUCCUGUUUGUGUUUCAAUUUAUACUGAAGGUACGUAAUGGCAGAUCAACCCAUUUACUCAAUGCAGCAUUUCAUUUUGCAGUUUUCAACCAGUGCUGUUCCUUCCAGCACUUACCGUACCACACACACACACACACACACAUUUAUCUAUAUCGUUGGCCAUUUGUUGCACUUUGCUGGCAUUGCAGCUAAUGCCCCACCACAAUGAGGACCCAUACAGUGUACAGUAAUGGCUGAGACAAAUUUUGUAUCCCUUUGCACAUAGAAAAACAUUGAAUUACUUGUAACUAAACUCCCAUGGCAUGUUACAUGGCAGUUCUUAUGCUCAGAGCAACGAAGACUAUUUUUACACGAGGAGUGCUGAUGCAGCAGUAAAUUUAGCGCCACAAUUUUGUACUCCAGAAGCUAGUGUCACAGAGAUAACACUGCUACGCGGCUUCCAAUUUUGGUCAGCUUAGACACCAUUGUACUGCAGCUAAGCCAGCGUGCAUGCAUCCCUUUCUUAAUAAUUAGGUCUUGCUUGCAGUGUAGAUUCUGGAACGUGUGUGCAUGUUUUUGCAGUGUCAAGUGGUUGUGAGCACAAGCAGAGGCCAUUGCUGCUAGUAUGCAAGUUGCACCGGGUUGCAGUCUUAAAAGACGUUAAGUGUUAGCUUACUUUCCAUACAGACCACAGAGCGAGACAGUUGCUGAAGCCACUUAUCAUACUCUAUCAACACAAAUUUUCAGGUGCAGGUUCUUGAAUGCUAUUGUUUAGUCAAGAGAAAUAGUUGCACCCAGCUCAAGUGUCCCCCCCCCCUUUCUUUUAGAGAGAGAGAGAGAGAGAGAGAGGCUAUAAUUCUCUAGUGGUCAGCUGUGCCUAGUAAGUCCUGCCUGUAUGUUACCGUGGCAAUCAACAUGCUGUUGUCACUGUCCUCUUCAGGCAAAGAAAAGCCUGUUCUUGGAAUGUUUCAUGUAGUUGGUUGACCACAUAGAGAGUUAGCCUAUAGCUUCCAGUGUACAGCAAGAAUGUGAUCCAACUGUGCAUCUUGUGCUUGGGUAAGAACCACGUACUGUUGUCAACGACAUGAGUACAAGCACUGACUUUGUCAGUAACCGUAGAGUCUUGUUAAAACUACAUGAGCCAUAAACCAUACAUGUUAAAACCAUAUAUGAGCUAUAACCUAUUCUUAUUACUUGUGGAGUCUGGCAAUAAGUCUGCAAUUAAGUCUUUAUUCUUUUUAUAUAGAACCCAAGAAAUGGCUGCAGCAGAUGAUGGUGCAAGUACUUUAGGGUUAUUGGCGGCUCAUGUUUUCUAUAAGUGGCAACUAAGGUACGAUUAGGCUUUCUCCUUGCUCUUUAGCCAUGAUAAAGGCAAUCAUUAUGGACGCAUGUACAUACUAGUAAAACCUGCAGGUGAGAAGCAAUAAUGUGUUGCAGUGGGUAUUCUGGUGCUGUGUUUAUAUGUGCCCAUUCCGUGGCCAUAGCUGUGUUAAAGUGUCUCCACAAUGGCAGUAAUUUGAUGCACCUUGUUCCCAUUACUUGCUGUACUGACAGCCGAUGUUUGAGCGACCACAUUUGAGGGCAAUCGCAAAACUUUAGUGCUUGGCUAGCUCUAAUUUUUUUGUGUCACCUUGUAUUGUUGUUCAUAUAGUUUCAUAUAUAUGCACUUGCCAGUGCCCUUCCAUGUGAUACAGACUCUGCUCUUGCAUAGAAACAAGUGUUUUGCUAAAGAUUGUUAUACAGUAGUGUGAAGCAUUGUUUUCCUAGAAACCUAUGAUGCGUAAAUUCUUGCUUAGUCAUCGCACCAUCUGCCCUAUAACAAAAGGGUUUGCCAAGUAUUCUGCAAGUGCAGUAAUGCCUUUGAUUUCAUUACAAAUGUCUGUGAUUGAUGCCAUUUUUUUUAUUGCAUUCCUUCUAUUCCUUCUUGCUUGAAUGCACUGCGACCUCAUGACAUUCAUGUGUUGCUUUCCCCUGUCAAUAAAAAACUAGAUAUCUUUCCUUUAUCGAUCAAACCUCAAUGCCUCUACCCAAGUGUUAUGUUCUUAGCUAUCAAAUUGGGAAUUUGCAAGAUGUGAUAAGUAUCUGGACCCAGUGCCUAUGUGUGUGUGUGUGCAAACAACAUUGUAGAAUUGAAAGGUUUCAAAUGUAGGGUAAAUAGAUGUAAAAGGGUUAAUAUCCAGCAUAGGUGUGGAGUGAUUACAUAUGUGCAUGAAAUGACCUAUUGGUUCUUAAAUGUUUGAACUCAAGCACUCCUCAGAAAAGGCAUGAUAGGGUGUUUAAGUUUAUUGGGUUCUGUUUUUUUUUUCUUUCUGCUUAGCCCAAUGCAGAGGCAUUAUAGCAGCCCACACUUGUUGAGACUGACAGUUUGCUUGUCUUUGCCUUCAUUUUCAAAAUGCUGUCACCACCAAUAGGCAGUUUCUUUGCAGAUGCAUUAAAAGAAUGUAUACUGAAUAUACAGGCAGAGUUUGGCUCGUUAAUGUCAUGACCUAACCCUGCUGAAAUUUCCUUGUGAGCUCCAAUAAUUUAAUCAAUUUUUCAUAUAGAAAUUAUAUUGAAUGUAUGCAGAAUUAGGUUCAUAAGAAAUAUGUGGAAUGUAUGAAAUUGUUAUUGGACUGAAUAAUGAAAUGUUUCAGUAGGGAAGCCAUGACAGAGCGUGCUGUUUAUGCUCUCCUCCCCUGUGCAUAGCAUUACAAACUGAUUAUAUUUGCCAGCUGUAUAGCCAAAGUUGCACCUUUCUUAGUCUUUUGUUCCUGCUUGAUUAUGUUUGUCUACUAUAUGGAUGUAGGCAUUCUUGUAGCUGUGAUCAUGGAAGUUGCUGUGCUGGACCAUGGUGACAAUGAAUGUGUUGCGAAGUGCGUGAUGAAACCGGCUUAUCUAAGAAUAUGUCUGGUAUUUUCAGUUGUAUUUGUACGUAUAGCACUUUUACAUCAGUCUUUGGUGAAGUGUUGCAUUAAACAUUCGUUCGCUGAA